UCAUUUCAUUAUCUAUUCAUUCUUUUGUCAAGACUGCAUACCAUCACUUCUUUAGUAUCAUGUUAAUAUUCGAAUAUCAAAUAAUUUAUUUUUAAAACGCUUUGUUAAAUAAUGUAAUAUUUAAAUGAGUUCUACGAUUGUACCCUUUCAUUGUAUGCAGCAAAUAUAGUGAAAAUUACUUUCCUAUCGUGGUUUUCACGGUAGUUUUGACGUUAGUUUCCACGUGGUGAACGUCAGAACCCGUCGACGUGUUACAAGAACCUCGCUACAUUUAAAGUUCUUGACCGCAUUAUUACGUUGCAAUGGAGUCCUUAAACAUGUCCCAACUCAACUUGUCGAGUGUUAGGAGCCACACAUCAAAAGAAAAUGAACCGAAAGUCGAGACAACAGUGUCAAGAUACAAUCCCAAUCCAAUAAUAGACCCUGAUGAAGAAUACCACACUGAGUACAGAGAGGAAAUAUGGAAAAACCUGCUGGAACAGGAAGCUGAGAAACCCACAAUCCACCUACAGUCACCACAGAAUGUGACGUGUGUGUCGCCCGCAGACGUGCGGCUGGUGGCGCUGGAGAGCGUGGACGUGGGCUGCGCGUGCGUGGCGUGCGCGCGCGCCGGGCUGCAGCUGGCGGCCUGGCCCGCCUGGCUGGCCGCGCGCGCCGGCCGCGACCACGCCGCCGUCGCGCCCGUCGCGCGCCUGCUGCAAAAGAUGAUGCAAAUGGUGAAGUCUCGGGAAACCCAAGUGGACACCGAAGCCGAUCAAGGGUACAGCAGUGCACAUACGUCACCGAACCUCACCCCGUGCACGUCUCCGUACCAAGUGUCGCCCGCAUCGAGCACUUGCAGCACCAGCUACCUCAACGACUACCGCCAACGCCCUGUGGAAACCGACACCACAUACAGUGUGUUGGAUUUGAACGACAGUGCACCGACCGCUCAGGACUACCGCCCGCUGCAACUGCCGACUACCACAACGUGCCAGAGGGUCGACAACCCGUCAGAAUACAGGUAUUGUAGAUCUAAUAGACUAGUAGACGCUAGCAUAGAUACGGUACAACCGUCUAACAGUAUGGCUGUGAAACGUGGCUUAGACACGGAAGUAGAAGUAGAUAGGAAGAGAUAUCGAUAUGCUAAUCAAAUGUCUCAAGUUAUCCUAUGAUAAUCUAGUCGUUAGUACAGGGGCGGAUCUAAGGUGGCGCCAGGGGCUGAAGGGAUGUCACUUUUUUAUCUUGAAUAUUUUAUCUGCCCAGUGCCUUUGUUAGUGUACAUAUUUCUUCAUCUUAACACAUGUGAUGCUAUAUUUUUCUUUAUGAUAAAGAAAAGAUAUAUGUGUAAAGAAACAAAUACUGUAUCCUAGACGAAGUAGCGAGGAGGUUUGCCAACUGUCACCAUUAUUAUUGUUUCAAUUUAAAAAGAUCGUGUAAUGCACUACAGAUUAUGAAUCCCUAUAGUUCGCCCUUAAUUCGCCUCUGUUUAUAAAUCCAUACUCAUGUAGACAUAUAUUAAGUUAUGAAGGUUAUAUAAGACUGUAUCCCAAGACCACAAUAGGUCAUUCCAAAAACCACAGACGAAAAUUAUUUAUCAUGAGUAUGGAUCGAUUGUGAACGCUCGAUUAUAGAUUAUAUAAGAAGAACGCUUUAAAUCGAGGAUGUUUGCAAUCGGAAAUUAGUAUAAUAUCAUUUAUUCCAAAAUAUUUAAUGUGCAGCUAGCUUAUAUACGCUUAAGCUAUAUUAAAGUGUUACAAUACGAGAAAAAAAACAAUAGAUACUGGCCACUUAUUAGGGUCUUUUACAUAUCGAAUUAAAAAAAAAAAUCUUUAUUCUCGAAUUGAAAAAGAAUAUAUGUAGUCGGAUUAGAAAUGUAAUUAAACAUUAUUAGCUGUUAACUGUCCACUGCUGAACAUAGACAUACCCCAUAAAUAGGUUUGUCAGUAGUUGUUAAUUAUUAUAUUACUAACAUAUUUGAGUUGUUCAAUGCUAAAGCAUAGUGUAAGAAACAAUCUGUGAUCCAACUCUUUUGGCAUGCCCCAUGAGACAUAGCUUUUCAGGACAUAACAAUUCGGGACGCAUAGCUUUGUCUAAUUUAGACAUACUUGUCGUAUUACUGGCAUAAAACACUUCUUUGUACAGUGACUAAUUAUUGAAAUUAAAAUACUCUGAAACAUCUCGAAUACAUAAAUAAAAAAAAAUACCUCAUUCGAAAUUGGAAUGAAACGAUUGUAACGUUUAUUCUCGUAUUGUACACUUUGUACAUAUUUAUAGCAAUAAUUGAUAGAGAGAUAUAUUGCGUCGCCUGACCUAAAAUACUGCUCGAAUGUGUGAUUACGAACGAAACGAAUGCUUUAGAUAUAAAUUUCCUUAGAAACAAAUUGCACUCUAUAAAACCACCUUAUCAUCAUCACAUUUGGCCCUUAUCUUAAGUGGAUUAAUAUUAAAUUAUCUGAUAAAUUAUCGAGAGUAAUAUGAUUUAAUAAUUUAUAAAAUUACGUUACGUGAUGCAUGAUUUUUGAUAAGAGUUUCAUGUGUCGAAGUUCUAUAUAAAUUUUUACUCAAAUUGCAAAAAAAAAGAAAAAAAAAAUAUAAACAGGCCCUCUACUGAUUUAACUAUUGUAAAUUAGUGAUGAUUUGGUGGUGAAAAAGAGUAAAUUGGUUCGUCUAUUGUCUAUGAAAUUACACCAGAAUAUAUUACCUCUAUAGGCAUUUAAUUUAUAAAAAUAAACAUUUGGCCUCCAAUAAACCUGUAUAAGCUAUUUAACUAGUGAAACUGUUAUUUAACUAGUUAUUGUGAUUUCAAGUAACAGUUUAACCAGUUACUUAAUCUAUUGAUAUAAGUUCAUUGAGAACUAUGUUUUUGUUAAUAACAUUCGUGUAUAUUUAUUUGUUGAUGUAAAAGAAGUCAAUAUAUGCAAAUAGCUAUCCUUAGCGUGUAUUUUAUGAAGGCAAUAGAUAGACUUGCUAAUAAUUAAUUAGAUUCACUGACACCCACACUUAUUGUUACGCUAUGUACGUAAAGGUGCGUACAGACUUGGAGCACGCUCGUGUAAUGUAGAAAUACAGUGUUUCAUUACAUGUAAUACUGUAUUGAAUAUACCGUUGACAUAGGUAGAUACCUCAAUGAAUUAAUGUUUGUAGUUUCGAAAUAAUUCCUACUCACUAUUUUCUUUAUUUUCUCGUUAUUUAUAAAUAAAAUAAUAAAUUUACAGUUGAUCUUGUUAAAUUAUCAUUCAGUAAAAUUACUUUUAAAGAAAAAUCUAUAAAAUAGUAAUUUACGUUUGUGUUGGAACUACAAAAGUUGUUUUAUUGAGUUAAUUUGCCCUAACGAUAUAUCCGAUACGAUAUUGUCCUAACGUAUUCGCUAACAUAUUAACUCAUUUCUGAACUGUUACAUUACAUGGAAAUGCAUUGGUGAAUACGCACCUUAAUGUUACAUUAAACUUUGAUAUUAUUUUACUCCUAAAAUUAUAUUCUUAAAAAAUAACACAAUCUUAUAUAUUACGUGGUUGUUAGUGGUCUGGAUUGCUUUAGAUUUUGCAUGAUGAUUGAUCAAUGAUGAUUUCCAAAGUACAUUUAGACAGUCAUUUGCUGUAAUUAUUUUUUUAGUUUCGUUUAUGGAGGUGGCGUCUUGAUAAAGCCCGUGUAAUGUAGUACGAUAGGCUUGUAUCAAUAUAGGCAUUAUUUUGUAAACGGUAUCCGUAUUAGAUACAAAUAAUACGGGAUUUUCCAUUUCUGUUAUUAAUAUAUGAUGAAAUGAUGACGCAAGUUUGAUGAAUUGUAUGAAAACAAAUUUACAUGUAUUUGUUGCUAUAUUUUUAUAUAAACAAAAUAAAAUAUUGUCUCGGCUAUGAAAUCAACUUGCGUUAUUCCAACUGUCUAUUAUAUUGUAUAUAUCUAAAUUAAAACAAUACCUAUAACCAAUUUGAAAUACUACAAUUUGUGAAAUCAUGAGAAUCUCGUAUUUACUCAUUAAUUUUUUUUAAAUAUUAAAUCGCAUAAAGAAAAACAGUCGUCUUAUAGCCGCCAUUUUGUACGUCCAUACAGUUACAAAAUGGCCGUCACAUGCGUAACUACUCAUGAUUUUACAUGAUUUAUUAUUACUUCACAAGGAUAACAACAUCACCUUUAUCAUUAAUACUUUAUCUGAAAUAGCGUAUUAAUUAGGUCAAUUGUAGAUUUUUUUUUAUUUAUCUUGAAUAUAAUGCUGUUUUAGAUGGUGGUGUGGUUGUGAUAACGAUCUUGUUUUAAUUUAUUGUUCGUUGUUUGUAAUUCUAUUUCUCGGCUUGUUUAAUGACAGAUGGGGUUAAUCUAUAUUUACUGAAUGUAUCCACUGCAACGUCAAAUUUUACCGCCUAACCGUUUCACUCGACCCUCGAAUAAUUGAGUAAGCCGUUUAAUUAAAACCCGUCAGUAAACAUUCUGUCAAUGUACAAAAAAAUCUAUGUGGUAAUGGAGACCGGAUAUCCAAAUGUUUAAAAUGUAAUGUUAAUAUCACUCGCCAGGGUUUCAAAGGGGCUAGUGGGUACUUCAAAAUAUUGUUUGCUGGUCUAGUGGAACGUGGGGUAAGAUCCAUGGGUUCAGUUGGUCCCGGAUCGUUUAACAAUGCCGCGAUAUAGUAAUAAACUGUGUUAUUUUGUGAUUUGGAAUAGAAUCUUUUUUUGGAUUAAAUAUUAUUGCUCAUUUUUUUUUUUACUCAAAGUCCUGUUAGAUUUAUUUUUUAAGUUUAUUAAAGAUUCCGUUCCAUGUUCACGUAUUUUCUAAUGUGUAUUAUCUGUGUGUGACAUAGAGUCACAUAUUACUUUUUUUACUGUAUUUUUUUUUCUAUUGUUAAUUUGUAAAAAGGUUGAUAAUGUUUCGAAUCGCCAAAAUUCUAGUUAAAAUUAGUUACCAUUACGUCUAUGAUAAUUAUUGAAUUUAAAAGACAACACUGUGAAUUUAAAAAUUAAAUUAAAAAUAUAAAAAAGUUUUAAAAAAGUGUUAACCACAGACAAUUAUGUAAGAUUGGAAAAGAAAAUCGCAAAUGUAACGGGCGUUUCUCAUAAUAACUUUUUUAUUUGUGAUAAUAUUGGAAUUGUUUUUUUUCAAAUUUCAUAAAAAUUAUGUUGAACAUUUAUAUAUUUAUAUAUUGUAUUCUUUUUACAUUCCCACUUGGGAAAUUUGACAAAUAAUAAAUAUAUAUUCAGUCUUGCAAGAAGCCUGCUGAAUAAAAUAUAUCCCUUUAAAGUAAAUAAGUUUUUCACAAGUAAUAAAGUAUAUUUAAAUAGAAAAAAAAAGAAAUUAAAAAUUAGGCUGCAUUUUUUUUUAAAGCAUACUCUUUAGCAUGUUGUGGUAGAUGGCUCCUGGCUAAAGCCUAAUAAAUUAAAAAUAAAAAAACUUUUUGGCAUUAUGUAUGGAUUAUAAAACAUAAUAGUGUAGUUAAUGAUUUAUAUCUGAAUAUUGAUUAGCGUUGGAGUGAACAAUUCGACAGGACUGCAAAUACAUAGACAAUUUGUCUUUAAUGCGUCCUGCAUUAAGGACAAAUUGUCUAUGUUCAACAAAUUAUAAAUCGAACGCAGGUUUGUAAUUAGAAAAAGAAAAUAUUAUUAAUUUAGAAUGAAUAUAUAUUAAUUAUUAUUUCAAUUGAAAUAUACCCGUUCAUGUGCAUACCAUAUGUAGAAGGAAACAUUAAUUUGUGAAAUCUCAAAAACUUGUUUUGAAAAUGAGUGAACAGUAUAUCUGUUAUACCUGGCUAUAACAACGUGCUUCCUAUGUUACUACUGCCUCGAACCUAGAAAUGUACAAUAUUUAUACUUGUUAAUGUCUAAUUGAGUUGUACGUUUUAUUUUAUAUAAGACACAAAAGCUCAUUAUUUAUACAAUACUCAGAAACUGUAAUUAAAAGUAAUAAGUUUAUUACAUAUUUAUUAUACUAUAGAUUAAACUGGUAAUUUAGUGGCAGAUUAAGCAGAUCUCAUAUCGUGCUACCGAUUUUAACGACACAUUAUUGUUUCCACAGCAAGAAUUUACAUGUUAUGGUCUCCAUAGAUGAUCAAGUGGCUUAUGAUCGGAGUGCAGCGUAAUGUGAUCUGCUUUAUUUGUAAUUUCUUAUCACUAAUCUAAGAAUUAGUGGAAUAUUAAAUUGUCUAAUAUUAGACAUAUAAAAUGUAUGAUCCCUUUUUAUUUGCAACACAUUGUAACGUCAUUAAUUUUUGUUGUUCUCAUUUCAAAUUCAUAUUUGAAAUAGUAAUUAUUGAAAAUUCAAACUAACUGAUAAUUGGCUAAAAUAUUUUUACUGGACUGUUUAGAUUAAUAGAUUACAUAUUUUGCCGACCAUACGUAUAUAUAUUUAUUAUAAUAAAAAAAUUGAGGUAUAUUAUGUAUGCGAAGAAGACUGAACGCUAGGUAAUUAGACCCCAGCAGGUAUAGGACUGAGAAAAUAUGUAAUUUUGUACUUUAAAUUGAAGAUGAAGAUGCAUUAUAAACCUGAAAUAAAUGUUUACCAUGUC